AUGCAGUCGGCAAGUUUUAAUGAGGAUUUUCGUGAGAUGAAGGACGAGCCUUUGAAGCCUUACAUGUCGAAGCCAAACAAGCAAAAGGAUGAAGGACAGCAGUUUUCUAACGUAGUGGCAAGGUAUUCCAGCACCAAGGCUUUGUCGUACGAGGGAUUGCUGUCGGAAGAAGAGUUGGUUGUGUUGAGAGCAAUCGUGGCUCGAGAAGCUGGACUGGACGAGUUGUUGCGCUGCUGCUGCUCCUUCCGAGACGACCAAAGCGUCGAGUUAUUAGAAGCUCUCCUUCGUGUUCGAGAGCUGUCGUUAGCUACAGUAGAUGCCAUUGCCGGGUGGAGACGUCGUAUGCUCCAGACGCGGCCAUUCCUAUGGCGAAACUUGAAUUACGCACUGAAAAUGACCAGCGAUCUUGAUUUCGUAAGUAAAAGCCAACUCGCCACUGCUGCAAUGGAUGGAGUGCGUUUACCUCGACGAAACCCCUUCUCAACCAUCGGAGGUCUAGAUCAAAGUAUGCGCGUGUUCUGGGCUAUCGAGAUGCCAGAGGAAGACGAUCUAUCUGUACUCUUGGAUUCAGCUUCAUUUGCUUCCAGUCAAGUGACAGUGGACUUACCUUCCAAGAUUCGUCUAGCCGAGUGUUUUUUACUCUACGAAGAGCGUCGUUAUGGUAAAUUCUCCAGAGCACAAGCAGCUGCAGAUCAUCGUCUGAAGGAGCUGGUGCAAAAAGAAGCUGAACACUCGUCGAAAACUCGCUUUGGGGCGAGGAACGAGCUGGAAGGUUAG